GAGCCAGAGAUCUCCGACCAGGUCGACGAUGCUGAAAUUUCACCUGCUGUUUCUGAGGCCAAGCCCAUCCUGGAUGAAGUGGUGGCCAUGGCUGGCUUGAAGGUCGCGCGCAACCAGCUGGACGAGAAGGAGCCGGAGGAGCUUUCCUUGGAAGAGUUAGAAGAUGGCGUGUUGCUGCAGAAAGUCUUGGUGAAACAGCUGCGAGCCGAUUACGCCGUACGCCUGGAGCGAAGCGAAGUGAUGGAUCGGGAACUGAAGGAACUUGGAAGCGAUCCAGGAAUUCUGCAAAUGAAGGUUGCCGAGGCCAAGCGCCAGAGCGAAGAACUCUUGGCCUUGGCCAACCGGGAAGCCAUGCGCGCGGAAGAUGGCCUGGGGCGCGUGUGGCGGUUAUACCAGAGCCGCAGCCAAAGUCAACUGCUAGCUCAGCAACUGGCCAAAAGGAGCCGAAGCGAUUUGGAGGCCCUGCGGCGCUCGCGGGGACAUGUGGAGAAAGAGGUGGCCGCUGAGGUCUUAUCGGAUCAACGUCGAAGGAUCGAGAUGCUGAAAGCAGAGGCCGCUGCACAAGACGAGAAACUCUUGUCUUUGGGUGCGGACUUGCGCAGCACCUUGGAUUUCAUGGUGCGCGUGAACCUCGACGCGCGUGGCGCGCGACGGCCGAAAGAGCUGGGGCAGUUGCCAGAAUUGCAAGCCUUGAACUUGAGCGAGGUCGGACAGGGACACAUGGCCGAGAUCUUGAAGAAAUAUGAAGUGUAUUUGGAGAACUCCAGAGCCAAUCCUGAAGCCCUUCACCGUGCAGCCUUGCGGCAUGGCCUCAGUGUGCCCGCAGCACAGCAUGCAGCACAGCAGAUGCAGCGGCAGAAGCCGUUGCCGCUGCCGAGCCACGAAGAAGCCACCGAGUCCUUCGCGGAGGAACGACGACUUCUGCGCGCGCGUUUGAUGGAAGAGAUGCAGAAAGUGGCACAAGUCUUGGCAGAAGAGUCGAAGAGUGAAGGGCACGAGGAGCUGCUGAGGGCUGCUGCUUGGGGCGAAGAACGGACCCUGCGCGAGUUGUUGGGGUUGCAGCUGGCGAUGCGCCAGGACCUCUGUGGUUGGACGGCCUGGCAUUCAGCUGCGGCGCAUGGACAGGAGAAGGUCAUUGCGUUGCUCUGCGAGCUGCUUCCCGACAGCAUCGACGCCUCAGCGGACUGCGGGCUGACAGCGCUGGGCAUGGCAUGUUUGCGCGGGCACGUGGGAACCGCCAGAUGCCUGGUGCAGUCGGGCUGCUCGUUGUUUUCGCGCGACGUGGGCAACAGCUGCCUUCACUGGGCCGCCGCCAGCAGCAGUGCGGGGAAGUUGGCGGAGCUGUUGCUGAACGCCUCGGCUGACCCCUUUGCUUGCAAUGGCAGUGGGCAGUUGCCCGACAUCCCCAACCUCCAAGAGCUGGCCCUGCAACGUGCGGCGCGUGCGGCGCCCGCGCCUGCGACAGCAACGACCAAGGCGGAGAGGGCGACAGCAAGAGGUGCUGCCCUGGCCUUCGGUGCGCGGCCUCCUCUCAGCAGCGGCAUGGCGCCCUCGGCGCCGAGUCCGAGGGCGGCGCCCAAGUUCGCGUACAUCCGGGUGGAAGCCAAACCCAGCGGUGGUCUCCUGUCCUCCUUGGUGUCCUUAAAGCCUCCGCUCCGUGACCGCGCCAACGUUUGUCGUCACCACGACGCCAAGCGAGUGCUGCAUCUGAGCCCGGCGGAGGAGAACGUGGGGAUCUGGUCUGACUGGGUCACCAACUUCACUCACGCCGGCUUAGAACAUGCAGUGGCAGCGGAUGCGCCCCCUUCCAGCGACCCAACCAAUAGCUCUUGCAACACCCAGGCCCUGGUCCUGACCUCUGAACGCCUGCUCUUCCUCCGUUGCGUGCGUAGCGCGCGCAGCCCAAACGCCACCUGGUCCGUGGCCAUGGGGGUGGCCCUGGCGCAACUACGACAAGUGAUCCUUCCACGCCGAUCUGACUCGUUGCUAUUGCUGCGGGUGCACCACAGCAGUGACGAGUUGUUGAACUUCCAAUCGAGUUCACGCGACGCCUUUUUGGAGGAGCUCUGGCAGUGCAUGGUGCGGGCCGGCUGGCCCGGCCGGCUGCUGGGCGAGGACGAAGACCCCGAGGUGGCGCCCAAGGACUUCGUGGUGCUGGAUCCCGAGCCGGUGAUGCCAUUGUUGGACCUUGGGAGCGAGAGGGAGGCGGCGAAAGGAACCCUGGCUUUUCUGGGCCAAGAUUUCUUCGCGCUGCUGCCCCGCGCACCCAGCUCCCUGCUGCUCUCGGGCGCUGAAACUGUGUGCUUCGGUUUCCUGGAGCUCCAGCUGCGGAGACAGCCCAAGGAAGCCGGCGCUGGGGUCUGCUGGCAAUGGCAGAAGUUCUUCUUCAUUGCGAAGGGCGGUCGACAUCACGAGCGUUGCUUGGGGUGGUGCCUUCAUCCCAACUGUGAGAAAUGGACCGGACACAUCUUGGUGCAAAAGAUCACUCAGGUGCGUUCGGUGCGGGGCAAAUCCGGAGAAGCCUCUCUGACUGCAGGACAUGCUUGUUUGGUGCUUCAGAGUGAAGGUCAGUUGGGCCCCACGGCCCUAAAGGCACGUCACAGCCGUGAGCGCGACGAGUGGAAGGAUGCCCUGCGGCGGCUGGGCGUGCGCUGUUCGUGAGCUGAGACCGAC